CUUCCGGGGUGCGGCCCGCUCGGGGGGUUUCGCUUCCGGGACGGUGUUCCGGCCCGUUCCCACCCCCGGGAGCUGGGUUGUACUCCUACAACUGGGGCAGCCAUGGAGAAAAGUGGAAACAUUCAGCUGGAGAUCCCUGACUUCAGCAACUCUGUCCUGAGCCACCUCAACCAGCUGCGCAUGCAGGGCCGCCUGUGUGACAUAGUGGUCAACGUGCAAGGACAAGCUUUCCGUGCUCACAAAGUGGUGCUGGCUGCUAGCUCACCCUACUUCCGUGACCAUAUGUCAUUGAACGAGAUGAGCACGGUCUCCAUUUCAGUCAUUAAGAACCCCACUGUUUUUGAGCAGCUCCUUUCCUUUUGUUAUACCGGGCGGAUAUGCCUGCAGUUGGCUGACAUCAUCAGUUACCUAACAGCAGCCAGCUUCCUGCAGAUGCAGCACAUUAUAGACAAAUGCACGCAGAUCCUCGAGGGAAUUCACUUCAAAAUUAACGUGGCAGAGGUUGAAGCUGAACCGAGCCAGACUAGAACAAAGCAUCAGGAGAGACCCCCAGAGUCUCACCGGGUUACCCCAAAUCUAAACCGCUCUCUGAGCCCGCGCCACAACACUCCAAAAGGGAGUCGUCUAGGCCAGGUCAGCACUGUGCUGGACAUUCGGGAGCUGAGCCCCCCUGAGGAGUCCACCAGCCCUCAGAUAAUUGAGCAGAGUUCAGAUGUAGAGAGCAGGGAGCCCAUACUGCGGAUUAACAGAGCAGGACAGUGGUACGUUGAGACAGGAGUGGCAGACCGUGGGGGACGGAAUGACGAUGAUGUUAGGGUGCUUGGAGGAGUGCGCAUUAAAACAGAGAACCUGGAGGAGUGGCUGGGAACAGAGAAUCAGCCAUCGGGAGAAGAUGGGAGCAGCGCUGAGGAGGUCACGACCAUGGUAAUUGACACAACAGGCCACGGAUCGAUGGGCCAGGAGACUUACACAUUAGGGUCAUCAGGAGCCAAAGUGGUUAGGCCAACCAGCAGUGAGAUUGACAGAUUUAGCCCUUCGGGCAGCAUGGUUACUGUAACUGAGCGGUACAGAUCGAAAAGUGAGUCUCCCGGGCGGAUGGAUGAGCCUAAGCAGCCCAAUUCCCAGGUGGAGGAGUCUGCCAUGAUUGGAGUGAGCGGUUAUGUUGAGUAUCUCCGUGAACAGGAAGUGUCUGAGCGGUGGUUCCGGUACAACCCGCGGCUCACCUGCAUCUACUGUGCCAAAUCCUUCAACCAGAAAGGCAGUCUAGACCGGCACAUGCGUCUCCACAUGGGCAUCACGCCCUUCGUCUGCCGCAUGUGCGGUAAAAAGUACACCCGCAAGGAUCAGCUGGAGUACCACAUCCGCAAGCACACAGGCAACAAGCCCUUUCAUUGCCACGUUUGCGGCAAGAGCUUCCCCUUCCAGGCUAUCCUCAACCAACACUUUCGCAAAAACCACCCUGGCUGUGUGCCUCUGGAGGGGCCGCACAGCAUUUCCCCCGAGACCACCGUCACCUCCAGGGGGCAGGCGGAGGAAGAGUCUCCCCCGCAGGAGGAAGCUGUUGUGGCAGGGGAAACGGCACAGGGAUCUGUGUCUACCACCGGGCCAGAUUGA